AAUCCAACACAAUUUUCUUUAAAACACAACAAACUGAAAAAAAAAAUAAAAAAUAAAAACAUUCUAUUAUAGGGAUAUCAAGGUCCCCAUGAAAUUACGGAACUCGCCCUCCCUCCUCUUAACCAAAAUAACUGUCAUCUUUCCCGCAAAACACAACAAAAGGAAGAGAAAAGAAAAGAUAAGAGAGACAAGGCAAAAAAAAAAAAAAAACAAAAACAAAACCCAAAUCUCUCUCUCUCUCUAUAAUCCCAUUUUCUCCUUCAGAAUUUUCUGAAACAAUUUUAUCCAAUAAAUCAGAACCCUAUUUUCAAUUCUUUAUUGUUCUUUAUUGAAAAAGCAAUGUGUGUUGUCCUCCUUUCAAGAUCCUCUCUAACAAGAGAAGGAGAACUUCAUGAUCAAAUCGUGUGACAACUUCAUCACCACCACCAUCAUCAUCAUCACAAUCAAUUCUAGAGUUACAACCGAGGUCUAUUAUGCAAUUCAAUGAACACGAGGACGAUUUUAUCCCUAGGGUUCCGAUUGAAAGGGCAAGAUCGUCUUGUUCAUACCCUUUGACUCAUUUGCUCUACGAUGGCCUCUCCAGAAAGAGUUUAUCGUACGGAAAGCUCCCUCAGGAACCCCUCAGACUCACCAUUCUCAAAUUGGAUGGCUCUUCCUUCGAGGUGGAAGUUGCGAAGACGGCUACGGUGGCAGAGUUGAAGCAAGCGGUGGAGGGUGUCUUCAGCCAUUUUCAGAAGAAGGGAUCUGUCGAAAUUUCAUGGUCGCACGUUUGGGGGAAUUUCUGCUUAUGUUAUUUUUGUCACAAGCUACUUUCUGAUGAUGAAUUCAUUAGUUUUUAUGGGAUCAAGGAUGGUGAUCAGCUUCAAUUCGUCCGGCAUGACCCUAUCAGCUGCAAUCCGAUUAAGAGGGAAUCAAAUGACCAAGAGUAUGAUCUGGAACAAGCAAGGAUGUUGGAUUUCUCUGAAGAGAGAGAACAGAAUGGUGAGAAAGACGAUGGUUACGAUGAUCAAGAAAAUCUAAAGUACUUGCAAUAUUACGAUACAGAUGAGGAUGUUGAAUCAAACUGUCAAUCGAAUUGUGCUAACUUAUUGGGAGGAUGGUUUUCAUAUCGCAGAUUGCCAAGCCCAAGGAGAUUCGAGGACAGUUAUUUCCCAUCAAGAUCCACCGAUGGUUUCCUAGGAAGUUCCAAAAAUUUUGCAAAGCCUUGCAGUAACAAACCUAAUUAUCGAAGAGAUGCUUGGAAGGAGAUAUAAUGAUCUCAUAUUUGCUCCGCUGGAACUUUUGAACUAGUCUCUGAAUUUUGAGCUUCAAUUUGCAUUUGAAUCUCUUUGUAGCUCCAAGUUGAAUAGGAUACAAGCCUACAAGCUGGAAAGCUGUUCUUGUAUAAAAUAACAGUUUGAUUACUUAUUAAUUAAUAGAAAUGGUUCUGAUUGGUUA